AUGUCAUUUUUGUGGAAACAAUUAUUUCAAAUUUUAAUACAUUUUUUUAUUUUUAAUAUUUCAACGGAAGGUUUUAUUCCAAUUUACUUUGAAUAUGGUUCUUUACUUAAUGAACAUAUCAAUAAUUCUGUCGCAGAAAAUGGUGAAAAUUUGACAAAAAGUUUUGAAUCAAAAGAAAAUGACAUGCAAUUAAGUAAAAAAAGUUGUGAUUUAUCAGAUAUAAUAUGUGUUUAUUUUUCAAAUGAAUAUUUUAAAGAACACACAACUUUUUUGCAAGUAUCUUUUCUUUUUGCUUCAUUUUAA